GGGGUCGAGAUCCUUCAGUGAGAUAUGUGUAACGCAAGCGCGCAUGCCACAUCUUUCCAACAUACCUUUUAAUAUCGAUGCAAUACUUUUAGAUUUAGAGAUUCUUUGAUAUCUUUCUAUAAUCCUACCCCAAUGGACACUUACAAACAAACUUUUUCGAAUAGUGGUUUAUGCUCGAACACUUCCGUUGAGACUCAACCAGGUCUUGAGGUGGGAUAUGCUCCUUCACAGCAAACAGGGCAAUGAACAUCAAAGGAAACCCACUCUGGAAUACAGGGUAAAAAGAGUACAAUAUUAGAGCGUAGACAAAUUGCGGGGUUGUCAGUUGAAACAUUUUGGGCUUUGGUCGUCUUGCUGUGUCUCGUUGUCGUGGGUGGAAUAGGUGGAGGUGUAGUAGCUGGAAUCGCGGCACAAAGGAAUAAUUGCAAAAGCACAGGUGUCGACACAACUUUGGGAGUAGAUGGUUCUGCCGCUGGGGCAUGCUCGACAAUAGCAAGCGUCAUAUAUUCCACGAGCAUCAUAAACUCGAUAGCACCUUCAAGCACAAGCUCAGGAUUGUUUAUGGAUAAUUCAAAUAUAGCUUCACCAUCUACAACAUCAUCCCUGCCAUCUACUCCAUCAGUGUCUACUGCACCAAUUUCCCAUUGCUCCGAUGAAUUUUCCACCUUCAAUGAUUCUCUUGUUCAGCCGCUCUCUUCAGAGGGUUCAGCUAUCAAUCUAUCAGGAACGGCUCAGACUUUUCGCGUCGCCUGUUACACGAACUAUCCGUCUGGCGCUCAAUAUGGAAAUCCAGGUAUCCAUGACAUCAUGAAGAUAUAUAUGCCAGAUCUAAACCAGUGCAUAAUGGCCUGCGCAGAGUAUAACGCGGGUUACUCGACAAAUCUGCAAGGUGGGAUCGACGUAGGAGGAGGGUUAUGUAGGGCGGUCAGUAUGGUAAUAAAGAAUGGGGAGUAUUGUUAUUUGAAGAAUGGAACUGGUGUCAACAAUACAGCUAAUAGUGGGGGCAAUGAAGUCCGAAAGGAUAGUGCUAUCUUGCAAUAAUUAAGAAGUCAUAUGCACGAGGUAAUUCAAAUAGAAGCA